GGAUAAGAAUUGCAGAUAUGUCGGACAACCGUGAUUUCUAUAUCACACGAGGAUUUUUCGAGCAAUUUUUGGAGAAAUUGCCUUUAGAGAUGCGGAUAGAGUGGACACUUACAGUUGCACUUAUUUUCUGUCGUGUGAUAUAGGCAGUUAGCAACUUUGUUUCAGUUGGAUAAUAAAUUAUUUAGGUUUUUAAAAACUUUUUGUGAGGAUGUUUACUAAGCUGCUUGUUUUUGUUGCCUGUAUUGGAGUUAUACUGGCAGCUGAUAACAGCUCUGUUCUGGAUUGUAUAAAGGGAAAGUAUGACGCUGAUCUGGGCAAUUCUUUUACCAGUUGCUACGAAUCAUCAAAAGUCUUGAGGGUAGCAAGAGUGAAGACUUGCUACAAUAACGUGAUGAAAGAUAAUGGAGUCAUUGUUACUGCCAGCAACGGUCAAAUGACAGUAGACCGCACGAAGUUUGAAGAAUAUGGACACUCUAACAGUCAGAAACCGAUUGGUAAAGCCAUGAAGGAAUGUUACGAUAGUUCUGAUGACAGACUGUUCAAAGAAGCUGCCAGAGCCAGUCAAUGCGUGUUUAGUAAAGUGAAAAAGACUUGUGGUGGCAACAAUUAAACAACUGUAACUUGUCGCAUAUUUUUGUUUGUAUUUUAAUUUACUUUUUCAAUAAAGUAAAUAAACUUUGAA